UGCCCUGUCAGCAGGGCCGGGCCUUUUGCCCGGCCCCGGCAGCUUUCUGCCAGCUGCUGGCCCCUGGCCAGCGUGACCCCCUGUACUCGGGGCACGUCACACCCCUUGUCCCCGUGCCAGCCCGAGGGCCUCAGCGCCUCGAGGCCCCUGUGCCUUGCCCGCAGGGCUGCAGGGGCAGGUCGGAUGCUUUCCUCUCCCACUCAGCGGUAGGGAUGGCUCCCUAGAGCAGGUUGACUGCACAGAACUUGCUCCCUCUUCUGGGACUGUCCUGCCCUCCCUCCCCUGCCUUCCCCUUAGUUGGUGUGAGUGAGCAAGUGCGCUUGUCCCCCUUUAGCCCCCCUUUAGCAAUAGAGCAGGGUAGCCUCAACUUCCCAGGAGGGAAAGAGGAGCUCUGUGCGAUCACAGGGGAGGUUCCUCAACACGCACAGGUGGGGGACGUGUCUGGCCUUGCCCCUGCCGUCUUGAGGAUGGCGCGGAGCUGCUUAGCGGUAGCGUGGGCACCGUGACCUGCCUGUAGCCAGGGCCUGGGUCUGCACCUAUGCUGGCGGUCCUGCUGGUGACCUGCCUGUGUGCCAGCCCUGUACUCGGGGCACGUGUCACGACCUUGUGGAGCCCUUUGUCCCCAGCAUCAGCCCCUGGUCCCUGUAAGCAGGGCUGGGGAGUCUGCUUUAGCCAGGUGACGGGAACAAGCGCUCCCAGGCCCUUGCCAGGGCGCAGGUUGAAUAAGUGCUGUGCCGCAGGGCGCAGUCCUGCCUUUGGCACGGCUUCGGGCUGGUGCCUUGUUGAGGAGGCUCCUGAGGGGCUCCUGCAGCAACACGGCUGUGUUGCCGUGCUGCUGUGGCUGGGCCCUGGUCGGCCCCAAAGCGGGGCGCAGGCCAGGGCUUAUGCUCCGUGGCACUUGUUGGGGGGUGCUGGGCCGCGGGGGACGGCCCCAUAAAGUGAGGCUGUGUGCGUCCCCCGCCCUCGGCGGGCAGUUGGAGGGACCCCCUGUAACCAGGCAGGUAUCCCUGGCUGCGGCCUUUCAGUGGCGUGGGGUCAGGAGUCAUGGGGCCGGGCGUGUGCCCCCUCUGUCCUUGGGGCUGGGGUCCCGGCCCCUCGGCUUUAGGCCGUGAGCCUGACUGUAGAGUCUCGUUCCUGUUGCCCUGGGGAAAGGCCGAGCUCUGUGGCUCCCUGGGUGUGGACCAGCCUGUAAGCAGGCUGCGGGUCUGGGAGCCUUUGUGCUCCCUUCAGCUGGCAGCCAGCGUGGAGUGGCUGCCCCGUUAGUGGGGAGUGCCCUGCAACUGGAGAGAAGGAACCUGCGUAGGCCUUGGGGGCCAGGGCCGCCCUGUAAGUCAGGGCCUGUGCUCUGGAUUCCCGGGCACUUUGCAGUCCAGGCAGCGGCCUGAGCCCCCUGUAAGCAGGGGUGCAGCCUCUUGGCCGCUGCUUUGUGUAUGCCCAACUUCAUUUGCCCAGAGGGCCUGGCUCCCCGCACCGCACGGGACUGCCCUUGGCGUGCUCCGAUGUAGAACGACAAGGUAAGUGUAGCAGCUUGGAGUUGAAGUUGGUGUAGCUGGGUGGUGUGUGGCUUGCUGCUUGAGGACUUGUUGUGAGGCACACUCAGGUGUGACCCAACAGGUUGCGGUUCCCUUCAGGCACAGGAGCUGGAGCUUCUCAGGCCUGAGUUUGUCGUGGUCCUUUGGCAGAAGCCAUGGGGCAACGAGAUAAUUGACCAAGAGCAGGUGUAGCUUCAAACUCCAGUGUUGAACAGUGACUUAAGAGCAGCUGUGAUUUGUCAGGUCUCGGAAGAUGCCAUUGUCUCUACUGGGACAUACUGGUUCUGGCUCUUGAGAUCGCUGCAUGGAGGCAACCACUCUUCGUUCUCUCUGAUGGGGCAUGGGACAUUAAGGUUGCAGAUUUGUACUUCCACUCUGGGUACUGUCCAGCCCACCCUGUUCCUCUCUUUGUGGAUUUUCCAUGAUCCACUGUUGCCAGAAGCGCCCUUCCCUGGGCUUUCAAUAGACUGUACAGCAAAACUUCCCUGGUGGUGGCCUGGGCUCUGCUGGAGAUCCAUGGAGAAGGUAAGGUCUUGUACCAGGCACUGAAUGUCCUAUCUUGCUCUGCCCCGGUCUCAUCCCAGCUUCCUAUUUUGCUCAUUUACCCAGCAAUGACCUCACCUGCUUCAGUUUCUACCAUGGCUGCUGCAUAGGAGAAGGGCUUUAAGUGGAACGAGAUACUAGUAUCACAUCUUCCAAUAUUUUUGUAUGUUUGCAGAUCUGUUCUCUUCCCUGGGAGAGUAAAACUACAGUCUGGGAGGAAAAUUAAUGCUUCCAUGUCCUUCUCUAAGCCGAUGAUAUGUCGUGCAGGCAAUGCCAAUCCAGCCUCUACUUAACAAGCAAAAAAGCAAAAUGGGGGGAGUGGAGGGCUGUAAAUGUGGCAGGACUGGUCAGCUGCCUCUCCUUUUGCUCAGGCUUACCACUGCCAUUGCAAUUAGUCUUUGAUUUUGGCUGGAUGUCAUGUUUCUGCCCUGUAGCUCCUGUGACUAACACAGUCUGGAAAGUGAAGGCAGAGCCCUGGAAACAGUGAAUGCAAACCCCACAUGGGCUUUGCCGGGUUGGUGCUCCCCGUGAAUCAAGGAGGCGGUAAUGUCUGGGUUGCUGCCUUCUCUCCAGGGAUGGCUUACCCUUCCUCCCCCCGUGCUUUUCCUCCUCCCACGUUUGUGGCUCUGCCCGGUGAGAGCUGCUGGGAAAGUAACACAAUGGGGCCCAUUCAGUUCUCACUUCUGCAAGGAGAGCAAACAUUGGUUCAGGAGCUCGGCAGCUGCUAGACAGGGCAGAGGACACUUUCCUCUCUUCAACACAUCUUGAAGUCCAGGUACUCCAUACUCUGGGUGUGAGGGUGGGAGUGAUGGCAUGAUGCUUAGCAUGUGGCAGUGCUCCAGGCACAGCAUGGGGACUGAGUUUAGGGACAUUACAUUUGUGGCAUUAGGCAUUCAGGAGAGGGCUGCCCAGUGUGUCUGUGUGUGGGCUGCAGCAGGAUUAGAUGGGGUGACAGCAGGAGAGCACUGUUGGUGUAUGGGACCAGAGGGGAUGAUGAGCUACAGUGGGCAUGGGGCUGUGCACUACAGUGUCUCCACAAACUGAAGCCUUGCAGACUUUACUGAUGGUAUCUCAGAGCUUAGCAGUAUGUAUUGGUCAUAUCUGCAGCCUGCUGCCUCCUCUCUGUUUCUCCCAGCCUUGCCUCUCUCUGAUACCUUCACUCCAGGGGCUCACUCCUGCCCAGCCAAAACCAACCUCUCCUUCCUGUAGCUAAACAGUGGAGUUCUAUUCCAAACACUGCUAUGAAUAGCUUAGGAGGGAAGCAGGGAGCUUGCAGGGUGGGAGGCAGAUGACCAGGAUGGUGGAGACAUGGGACAUUUGCCAUUUAAAGAAGGGUAGCAGCUCAGAAGCCUGUGAUCACAUUCUCUGUAUGGCUACACCUGCUUGCCUUACAAAAAGAAUUGUAGGAGAGAUAUUGUUAGCUCGCACAGACCAAGGCAAUCAUAAGUUAGUGAUAUUUGAAGAAAAUGCAGGAGUGGAGUGGGUGUCUGUUUCAAGGCAGCUCCUUGUGAGUGACUUCGUAUCUGAGACCUUCACUUUUCAUUCCAAGAAUUCCUCCUCUCUUUUUUCCAAUCUUCCUCCUUUAUAACUUGUGAAAUCAUAGUGUGAGAGCAAGAGAAAAUGAGACCUGAGCCACUAGGUGACAGCAGCAGCCCUCUUGGCACAUAGGGUUCCAAGCAGGCAAUGCUGUUUGCGGAUGCAUGGGAGCCUUGCCUCUCUCCUGGCCUUACAUCUGUCUCUCCCCAGCCACAGGUGCCCUCCAAUAUGGGGCCAUCCUGGGGGCUCCUCCUGCUUGCAGUGGCCUUGGGGGCAACGGCUGCCACCCGCUGCCCUGCACCCUGUGUCUGCGAUAACCUCCGUGCCCAUGUCCUCUGUCUCAAUGGGAGCCUGACUGCCAUUCCUGACACCAUCCCAGAGCUCACCAGAAAACUAGACCUUCGGGGCAACAGUUUCAUGGUCAUCCCAGCAGGAGCCUUCCUUGCUACCCCCUACCUGACACACUUAGACCUGCAGCGUUGCAAGGUGGAGAGGCUGGAGGAAGGGGCUUUCCGGGGUCUGGGGAGGCUUGUCUACCUCAACCUGGCCUCCAAUGGUAUAGCCCUCCUCUACCAGGAGUCCCUGGAUGGCCUCUUCUCCCUCCAGCAGCUCAUUCUGGAGGGGAAUCGCAUUGAGGAGAUACAGCCGGGUGCUUUUGGCCAUCUGAGGUCCCUCACUGUCCUCGACCUGAGGGCAAAUGCCUUGGUCUACCUCCCAGACAUGGUCUUCCAGGGUCUGCAGGUUCUUAGAUGGCUCCGGCUGUCUCACAAUGCCCUCCAUGUGCUGGGCAGUGAGGCCUUUGCUGCUCUGCCUGCCCUGCGCAGGCUGAGCCUGGACCACAAUGAGCUGCAGGCACUGCCUGGUGAGGCCCUGGCCAGGUUGGAUGGGGCUACCCGGCUAGACCUGGGCCACAACCCCAUCACCUACGUGGCUGAGGAAGCCCUGGCCAUGGCCUCGCUGAGCCACCUCUUCCUGGACCAUGCCUCCCUUCAGGAUGUGGCACCCGAUGCCUUUGCCCGCAGUCCCCAACUCCGUAUUCUGGACCUCCGGGAAAACCAGCUGCAGGGGCUGCCACCCCUGGCCGGGGCAGGGGGGCUGGUAAGGGUCAGCCUGGAUGGGAACCCUCUUCUCUGCUCCUGCCUCCUGCGCCCCUUCCACAAGUGGAUGACAAGGGCACGAGUGCACGCUGAGGGUGCCUGUACUGCACCCCCUGCUCUCCGUGGCCGGUCCCUCAACUCCCUGAAGUCCCCUGAGAUGAGAUGCAGUCGCCUCUGGCCACCCCCUAGCCCCACUGCACCACCAGAGCAGCCGAGUUCAGCCAGCAGCAGGCAGUGCCCCCGGGGAUGUUUCUGCUCCCCUGAUUUCCAUCAUGGGUCCUGUGAGAAUAGGGACCUGCGGGAGAUCCCUCGGGACUUCCCUGAGGACACCCGCCUUCUCGACUUGCGCCGAAACCCCUUCAGGACAGUGCCACCAGAUGCCUUCCCUGGCCUGAAGGAGCUGGUGUCGCUCCACCUACAGAGGUGCAGCAUCAGGGUGCUGCACCCCGGGGCACUACGGGGGCUGGCGAGCCUGGUCUACCUGUACCUCACCGACAACCACCUCUCCACCCUGGUGGCUGCUGCCUUUGAGGGGGCCCCGCAGCUUGCCUACCUCGACCUGGACCACAACGCCUUCACCCAUGUCCCUGCAGGCACCUUCCGGCUCUUGCCCAACCUCAUCUCCCUCCAUCUGCAGCACAAUGCCAUUGGGGAACUGGUGGAGGGUGACCUGGCUGGAGCCAGGGGGCUCCGCUGGCUCUACCUAGCUGGGAAUGCCAUCAGGCACAUUGCUCCAGCUGCCCUGGCUCCCACCAAGAUGCUGGAAAAGCUGCAGCUGGAGGGAAACCUCUUGUCAGAGGUGCCCACAGCAGCCCUGAGGGGCCUGCCUACCCUGAGUGAGUUGAAGCUGUCCCGGAACCCCAUCAAGCACAUGGGGGACAGUGUCUUCCUGCCAGUGGCCUCCAGCCUGCAGCACCUCUACCUGGACAACAUGGGCCUGGAGUGGGUGAGUGUAUUAUGGGACUCCCAAGGGGCAGUGGCACCACAGGGCAUAUUACAGGUUACACUGCCCAGGGCUGAUGACCCCUAUAGGGUCAUCCAAACAGAUGUCCUUGAAUUCCCAAGCCUUCAGGAGAUGUUCCAUAGCCUGGCCAGAUGUUCCAUCUGGCUGGGAAGCCAGAUUUCUUCAGGCUCAGCUGUAGCAUUCCUUUGCUUCAACCUUGCUUCUGGCUCCCUUGGGAGAAGCUUACUCCCUCCAGUCCUGAAACACCCAAUUUUAUUGGGGUCCAGACCAUUCCCUAAAUCACCUCCUUCCCCCAGCUCUCUCUUUCUCUUAUUACAGGCUGUCCCUGCAGGCCUCUCCACUGCUAUUAUCCUGAAUAUUUCCAUUCUCUCAAGGAAGUAGUGUUAGCAGCACCCUCAUAAUAACUGUGUAUCUUAACAGCACCCAGGGAUCACUCUGAGACCUCCUGCAUGUGACCUUCUUUCUAAGAAGACUAACAGGAAUCUAAUGAGUUCCAAAAUGUGAUUGAAACUGCUUGAAUUAAUUAACAGUCCCUCCUGUUUGAAGCAGCUCUUUUGUGGGGCCACCAGCUUCAGGACAGGUUGUCAGGCCCCUCAAGAUGAUCAGAAGUACAGGGGCAGAGAUCUGCUCCCCUGCUUUGAUCAGCAUGCCCCUGACCUACCCUUCUUCCA